GAACUGUUGUAUGUGUUUGUCUCAGCAGCUGCCUUCUUUCCCAUCUGUUCAGUUUGCACCAAGCUCGCUGGCUGCGACUUAGGGCUGGCGUGUGGUUGGGGCUGAGCCAUGAACGGCCUCGGGGGUGCCAUCCUCUUCUGGGCGGUAGUAGCGUGCGCUAAAGCGGACAAGCCUUUGGGAGAGACAAAUGAGGCUGGAUUUCAAAAAUGCAAGAAUGCCUUAAAACUACCUGUUCUAGAAGUCUUACCCGGAGGGGGCUGGGAUAACCUGCGGAAUGUGGACAUGGGACGGGUGAUGGACCUGACUUACAGGAGCUGCAGGACCACAGAGGAUGGACAGUACAUCAUCCCCGAUGAAAUCGUCAGCAUCGCCCAGAAACAGAGCAACCUAGAGAUGAACUCCGAAAUCCUGGGGUCCUGGGUGAAUUACCAGAGCAGCACCUCCUUCUCCAUCAACUUGGAGCUUUCCCUUUAUUCCAAGGUCAAUGGCAAAUUCUCCUCUGAUUUCCAGAAGAUGAAGACCCUUCAAGUGAAAGACCAAGCUAUAACUACCCGGGUUCAGGUAAGAAACCUGAUCUACACGGUCAAAAUCAACUCAGCUUCAAAACUAAGCUGGAGGUUUAAGAAGGAGCUCAUGGACAUCUCUGACCGCCUGGAGAACAACCAGACGCGGAUGGCCACCUACCUGGCAGAGCUUCUGGUCCUCAACUAUGGCACCCAUGUCAUCACCAGUGUGGAUGCUGGAGCUGCUCUCAUCCAGGAAGACCACAUCAGAUCCUCAUUCUUACAGGACAGCCAGAGCAGUCACACUGCUGUGACCGCAUCCGCUGGGAUUGCCUUCAUGAACAUCGUGAACUACAAAUUUGAGGAGAACUACACAUCGCAGAGCGUCCUCACCAAGAGCUAUCUCUCAAACCGAACCAACUCCAGGGUGCAAAGCAUCGGAGGGGUUCCUUUUUACCCAGGCAUCACCCUCCAGGCCUGGCAGCAGAGCAUCACCAACCACCUGGUGGCCAUAGACCGCGAUGGCCUGCCUCUGCAUUUCUUCAUCAACCCCGACAUGCUGCCUGAGUUGCCAGGGCCCUUGGUGAAGAAGUUGUCUCGCACGGUGGAGGCUGCCGUGAGGCAUUAUUACACGUUCAACACCUACCCUGGAUGCACAGAUGUCAACUCGCCCAACUUCAAUUUUCAGGCCAACACUGAUGAUGGCUCUUGCGAGGGGAAAAUGACUAAUUUUUCCUUUGGAGGAGUUUAUCAGGAAUGCACCCAGCUCUCAGGGAAGGAGGUUGCCCAGCUCUGCCAAAACUUGGAGCAGAAGAAUCCGCUCACUGGUGAUUUCUCCUGCCCCUCUGGCUACUCCCCAGUCCACCUGCUGACCCAGAUCCACGAGGAGGGUUACAACCACCUGGAGUGUCGACGGAGAUGCACCCUCCUCAUCUUCUGCAAGACGGUGUGCGAAGAUGUGUUCCGGGUGGCAAAGGCUGAAUUUAGGGCUUUUUGGUGCGUGGCGAGUGGCCAAAUACCAGAAAACUCAGGACUGCUUUUCGGGGGCCUCUUCACUGGUAAGAGCAUAAACCCUUUGACAAAUGCACAGUCCUGCCCGGCUGGCUAUUUUCCACUGAGACUUUUUGAAAACCUCAAGGUAUGUGCCUCUCAGGACUAUGAGUUGGGAUAUAGGUUUUCCGUCCCCUUUGGUGGGUUCUUUAGCUGUGCAGUCGGAAACCCCUUGGUAAAUUCUGCCAUAGCCAACGAUUUGGGGGCACCUUCUCUAAAAAAGUGUCCUGGGGGCUUCAGCCAACACCUAGCCCUCAUCAGUGAUGGAUGCCAAGUGUCCUACUGUGUCAAGGCCGGGCUUUUCACAGGAGGUGCUCUGCCCCCCGCCAGGCCCCCACCUUACACCCGGCCACCCCUCAUGAGUCAGGUUGCCACCAACACUGUCAUCGUGACAAAUAGCGAGACGGCGAGUUCCUGGAUUAAAGACUCCCAGACCCACCAGUGGAGGCUGGGGGAGCCGUUAGAGGUGCGCAAGGCCAUGGGGGUCAUCCACGGGGACGGCAGUGGCCUGUCAGGGGGGGCAGCAGCUGGGGUCACAAUGGGAGUCACCACUGUCCUGGCAGCCACCAUUGCCCUGGCCGUCUACGGCACCCGGAAGUACAAGAAGAGGGGCUACCAGGCAUUGGAGGACGAGAGGCAGAGUUUGGCGGCGGGCUCUGCAGAGACGGGGGGCACCCCUGACCAAGAGCAGGGGCAGAGUCCAGCCUAAAUCUCUCCGGAGAAACGUCUCUCUCGUCUCUGUAAGCAGGCCUUUCAUCCCUUCACUCUUCACUUCUGCCUUCCUGAGGACUGGCGUGGCAGGUGCAAGAAAAAGCAGGUAUAACUUUGUGACUUCCUUAGGGCUC